AUCAGCGUCAAAGCCAACUACGCGAGUGGCACGGUAGCACCGGCUAUCGUCACCAGCCCCCGUGGAGGGAAAACCAACACAGCAAUUUUAUAAUAAUGUCCAAUGAAAUCGGCGCAGACGCCGAACGAAGCCUGAAAACGCCCCCCGAUAUUAGCAACAACAACAACGAUUUUAUUGGUGACGGUGGUGAUGGAGGCAACACCAACACAACGCAACCCGUCACAAGUACGGGUAAAUCACAGCCGAUGGCUUUGAGAGAGAAUGGUCCGGCAAAUCCAGUCAGUGGUUUACAAACAUCUCCGAGUAGAACACCGUUCGGAGCUGCUGCCGCUUCCAGUGUUGUUGCGAGUGGCAAUACUGCAGGACCUACUUCGGUACAGCAACAGCAGCAGGCUAAUAGCAAUAACAAUACCAGCAUCGGUCAGAAGGAGGCCAACGAAAGUGAACCAGUGCCACCCCCUAGUGUUCUUCCAGCGAAACCGAGACCGUUAAUCAAGAGCAAGGGAUCGGUGUCACCGUUGCCGUUGAAGCGUGCAGUGAACAAACCAGCAACGCCUUUACGGGACAACAAUGGCAAUAACUUUGACGCCAGCCCACUGAGGGAUAUUGAUUCGGAAGGAACUAUCGGGGAUCUCCCGGGAAAUGGGAUUGGGAUACGAGGUCCUCCGAAUCCGAAUCUUCCGACGCGUCCAAUUGGUGGUCUGAAGCCUCGCCGAGGCGGUUGGAAAGGCCGUCCGGACAGUGAAACAUUCAAUAGUAAUCUAUCGCCUACAGACGAUGAAGACAGUGGUCCCGGGGCCACGUCGCGAAGCGUAAAUCCUGUGAUAACAAGUAACGUAGUGGUGAAUCGGAAUAAAAUCGGUUCUAGCGGUGGUGGUGCCAUUGGUGGCGGUGGUCGUGGUGGUUGGGGUGCAAAUCAACGACGAACGACAACAACUACUACCGGAAGUCCAUUGCAGAGUCCUGCCGGUGCUCUUCUAACGAGUACAACAGGACCGGGCGUUUCGGUGGCCUUAUCCGGUGCGGCUGGAGUGCCGCUGUCCAUGGACAUUCAGAGUGAAAACUCUUCCUCCCAACCGCAAACGACGCCGGUUCAUCCGGCUAUCAGUGGUGUCGCGCGGACUACCUCGCGCGCCGACUCUCUCGAGAACAUUCCCGGUCCGUCCGGCUUACUGCCGCACAACCCGGGCGUACCCGGCACCAUCGGGGGCAAUCCGCAGUCCAGAUACUCAAACCUGUCGUUCUGGAAGGCCCGACGGGUGCUGUUCUAUCGGAAUGGCGAUCCCUUCUUCCCGGGUGUCGAAUUUCGCUUCAAACCCGGGCGUGACAUUUGCACACUGGAGGCGCUCCUGGAUAAGAUCUCCGCUCGGAUGGAUCUGCCCCGGGGCGCACGGUACAUCUUUUCCAUGGACGGCGACCGCAAGUACUCGCUGGAUGAGCUGGAGGAUGGGUCCAGCUAUGUGGUGUCCUCGUUCAAAGUCUUUAAGAGCCAGCUGGAUGCAGGUACGACUCUGGAAGUAGUGAAAGUAAAGAUGCCCGGGGAAUAUGAGCGAAGAAGUGAGCGAUCCGGAAGAACGAUUAAUAAGGCAAAUGGUAAAGCUACUGCCAUGAAAAGUGCAACGAAAAAGGGUAGUGCGGGGAAAGUGUGCUACCAUUGUGGUAAACCGGGACAUUUCCGAAGAGAUUGUCAUGCGUGGAAGAAUUCGAAGAAGGGAGAUGCUGAAAAGAAGAAACCCGAGAUGAAACUAAUAGCGAAGAAGGCUACCGAUGAUAUUAGUGAUGUAUGCUGCAUGGCUGGAAACGAAAAAUGCAACUCGUGGUAUGUAGAUAGUGGUGCCAGCUGUCAUAUGACAAAUGAUGAACAUUUGUUCGCACACCUCACUGAGAAAAGUGGCCCAAGUGUUGUUUUGGCUGCCGGAAAGGUGGUUAAAGCGACGGAUUACGGUAACGGAACUCUUUGUGCAGUGAACGGUAAUGGAAGCAUUGUAAACGUAAAUCUAACUAAAGUCUUACUCGUAAAUUAA